CUUCCUGCUUAAUGGGCCGGCCUUGUUAGUCGAUGGGUCUUCUCCCUCCCCCGUGACUCGACGACGGCGAAGGGAAACCCAACCCCAUCCAUCCCUCUCCUUGCCGCCGCCGUCGACCCGAUCUCCAUCGCUGGCGACGGCGAGCAUCGCAUCGCAUCGCAUCGCGGCGGUGCCCAAGCGAGGCAAUCUCCCCGUCCGUCUUCCCUCCCGGCCUCGGAUCCCGGAGGAGGUCUCUCCUCCUCGCUAGGAGCGGCGGCGGGUGCCGUCGUCCUGCUGCUUCCCUUCCGCCUCCGGUCCACCCCUGCAGGCGGCGAUGGCGUUCUUCCGGGGCCUGACCGCGGUUUCGAGGAUUCGAUCCCGCAUGGCACAGGAGGCCACCACGCUUGGUGGUGUGAGAUGGCUGCAGAUGCAGAGUCCAUCUGAUCUUGAUCUUAAGUCCCAGCUGCAGGAAUUGAUUCCCGAGCAACAGGAUCGCUUAAAGAAACUUAAAUCAGAACAUGGGAAGGUCCAGCUUGGAAACAUAACUGUUGAUAUGGUCCUUGGCGGGAUGAGAGGAAUGAUUGGAAUGCUUUGGGAAACAUCAUUGCUUGACCCGGAGGAGGGUAUUCGUUUCAGGGGUCUCUCGAUUCCAGAGUGCCAGAAAGUGCUGCCAACAGCAAUUAAAGGUGGAGAACCUUUGCCGGAGGGUCUCCUUUGGCUUCUUUUGACUGGAAAGGUGCCAACCAAAGAGCAAGUCGAUGCUCUAUCAAAGGAAUUGGUUACCCGUUCGAGUGUUCCAGGCCAUGUGUAUAAGGCAAUUGAUGCUCUCCCUGUAACUGCUCAUCCAAUGACACAGUUUACCACAGGGGUGAUGGCACUUCAAGUUGAGAGUGAGUUUCAAAAAGCUUACGACAAAGGAAUGCCAAAAUCAAAGUUCUGGGAGCCUACCUAUGAAGAUUGCUUAAAUUUGAUAGCUCGCCUUCCACCAGUGGCUUCGUAUGUUUACCGGAGGAUCUUCAAGGAUGGGAAAACUAUAGCAGCUGAUAAUGCACUGGACUAUGCAGCAAACUUUUCACACAUGCUUGGGUUUGAUGAUCCCAAAAUGCUCGAGUUGAUGCGACUAUAUGUGACAAUCCACACUGAUCAUGAAGGUGGAAAUGUCAGUGCUCAUACUGGACAUCUGGUUGGAAGUGCUCUGUCAGAUCCUUAUCUUUCUUUUGCAGCUGCACUGAAUGGUUUAGCUGGACCAUUGCACGGCCUGGCUAAUCAGGAAGUGCUGUUGUGGAUCAAAUCUGUAAUAGGUGAGACAGGUAGUGAUGUUACAACUGAUCAACUCAAAGAGUAUGUGUGGAAGACACUAAAAAGUGGAAAGGUUGUUCCUGGCUUCGGUCAUGGAGUUCUACGUAAGACCGAUCCACGAUAUACAUGUCAGAGGGAGUUUGCUUUGAAGUACUUGCCUGAGGAUCCACUUUUCCAACUGGUCUCCAAGUUGUAUGAAGUUGUGCCUCCAAUCCUCACUGAGCUUGGCAAGGUCAAAAACCCAUGGCCUAAUGUUGAUGCUCACAGUGGAGUUCUGCUGAACCACUUUGGAUUAUCUGAAGCUCGGUAUUACACCGUCCUUUUCGGAGUUUCGAGGAGCAUAGGCAUAGGAUCCCAGCUCAUUUGGGACCGUGCUCUUGGUCUGCCGCUCGAAAGACCGAAGAGUGUCACCAUGGAGUGGCUGGAAAACCACUGCAAGAAGGCUGCUGCUUGAAGCUACACACGCCUACACCGCUGCUGUUAAUUCUUCUAACAAUUAUCAUCUUGGAUGUUAAUAACUGAGGAUAAACUCGAAACGUUCAGCCACAUUUUAAUAUUUUUUUCCCAGGCCAAUAACUAGAGGAAGAUGCUCUCGAUCGGCUGGUACAUUUUUGUAGCCAUCGCUGUUAGGAUGCUCAUAUAGUUAAUCUGCCAUUGGGCAACAAUGUGAUUAGUUUAAGUUGCUUAGAGCUUUAUCCUUUGAUGAAUAACUUUUUCGAGCCUUCUAAGUUAGCUCGAGUUAACAUACCAGUUGUGGAUUAUGGCACAUUUCUUCAUUUCCUUUCUGUUGUUAAA